GUAGACUCGUCCCAGUACUGAAAGACACGACAUUCUAAAUGACGUGGAUUCGACAACAACAUGGCCGCUACUAAAGGCCCAAUGUUGCCAACGCAUUAUAGGUCUGUAAACGUGCAAAAAAGCGGCCUCCGUGUGCGUGAAAAAUAUGUCCUUGUUAUAAUAUGCGGGAUAUUCUGUUGUCUCAUGUUUGGUGCUUUUUUCUUUGUUCCUGACCUUAGUUCGGUGGGAUACUUACAGGCUGGCAAACAAGCAUUGUCCAAGUUAGUUUAUAAUGCACGCGAUAGAGUUGUUGUGCCCAUUAGACCCCCUGUUAAAGACGAUUUAGAUGAUAUCUUAAAAGGUGAGGUUUUUUAAGUAUUUUUUUAUUCUGAUGGGUCUGUUUUUGUAAGAAAUAUUGCUGUAGUUUUAUGUUAUGUAAUACUGUGUGUGAAAAAUGUAUUUAUAUUAUUAUUAUCAAGUAAUAUUAAGACGUGUUCUAUAAAUGUAUAAUUUGUUACAAUUUGGAAAAGUUUAUACGGAUUUUCAAUUCUUAUGAAUCUGCUAUUCAAAGCAAGCAAUUGUUUUUUUUUUGUCAUCAAUUUUUGCAAAUUUUUACAAUUUUAUACAAAGAGUUUUUGUUUUGCUAAAUUCUAGUAUAGAGGUUUUCAAACUAGCCUUCCCUUGACUGCAAACUCUUCCCUUCAAACUUUCAAGUACUAUAGGGGAGUGAAAAUUUAAUUAGUUUGCCGUCAACAUUGGUGAUAUUUAUAUUUUCUUGUACAAAAUUUAAUACAAUCGAAGAACAUGAGGUAGAGAAAAAUAAAGUUGACAAUAAACCUGUUGAGAAUGAUAAUGAUGACAGUGAUGAUGAUGAUGCUGAUGAACAAGUGAAAGAGAAAAUUCAAAGAGAAAAAGAAAAAUUAAGAGAACAAAGAAGGGAAGAGGAAGAACAAAAGAAACAAGAAGAGAAAGAACGAUUGCUUCGAAUGAAACCAACAAAACAUAAAGAAAAAGCAGGUGGUGGUGAACCUAAGGAUGAAGAGACAAAGAAAAGACAAGACACUGUGAAAAAGGUGGGAAAUUAUUCAGAUGCUUCUCUUGUGACACUAGGAAGCCAGACUACAGAGUAUGGCAGUAAUUGUCCUCAAUUCAUUUGCAAGCUAGAUAGUAUGCAAAUUUCAUUUGAGGCAUAUGUGCACAAUUUGCUUAAAAAAUUUUCAAGUACCUUUGCAAAUGAGUAGCGUCAAUGUCACUUAUUAUGAAUAUACUUUUAUUGAACUGCACUAGAUGAUGGAAAAAGCGUGGAGUGGUUAUGUUGCGCAUUCUUGGGGUCAGAAUGAACUCAAACCAAUCAGCAAAAUGGGUCAUUCUGCCAACAUCUUUGGCUCACAAUCUAUGGGUGCUACGAUCGUUGAUGCCAUGGACACAUUGUAUAUCAUGGGCCUUGAAGACGAAUUUAAGAAGGGUCGAGACUGGAUUGCUAGUAACUUGUCUUUUGAUAAGGUUGGUUGUUUAACGACAGUGUAUUGCUGUACAACUAUACACUGCUGUUUUAUUAAGGGGUUUCUAUUCUAUUCUUCAUUCUUGAUUUUAGUUCUUGCAUUCAAACUCAAAUAUCUGCAUCUAAAACUUAUUAAUUUUACUAAGUUUUGAUCCAUUAUAAUUGUUUAGUCUAUGACAGUGUCUGUAUUUGAGAUCUGUAUUCGUUUCCUUGGAGGCUUGUUGACCAGUUAUGCUUUAACAGAAGACGAGGUAAGAUAAUUACAGUACUUUCUAUAAACAUACAUAUAUAUGAUACUGUUAACAAUACAUGCGUGUGGGGCUGUAACUGACUUCAAUAGACACUUUAAAGAACCUCUCAUGCUGGAUAAUUUAAUAAUGUUCAGGUUUUCAAGAUAAAAGCAAAAGAAGUUGGUGACCGUUUACUACCAGCAUUUAACACUCCGACUGGUAUACCAUAUGGACUAGUUAAUCUUGCAAGGUAUUGGGGUUUUAAUUAAUUUAUCUUCAUUUAUUAAUCUUGUUACAGUAGUUCACUCCAGAUAAUAAAUUAUUUUUAUAUCAGCAACAGUUGUACAUGAUAUUUUAUAUUGAGGAUGAUCUACGUCAUGAUUGCAGCAUCAUUGUUUUAACUCUAUUACCUAACUUGCUAUAAAUAUUUUUAUUUGUUAGUGGUUCAGGUCACAACUGGGGUUGGGCAUCUGGAGGUUCCUCUAUUCUUGCUGAGUUUGGAACACUUCAUUUAGAGUUUGUCUAUCUUUCACAUAUUACUAAAGAUCCUAUUUAUGCAGAAAAGGUAUGGACAGAGACACCAAUCUAUACAAACUAACCAACCAAUUGACUGACAUAUUUGAACACUAUAUAUAUGUAUGUUUUCUACAGGUGAAAAAAGUACGAGAUGUUGUAGACAGAAUGAACAAACCCCAGGGCCUAUAUCCUAAUUAUAUAAACCCAAGGAGUGGAGCAUGGGGUCAAAGUAAGUUUAGUAUACUAGCUAUACACUAUGUACUGUAGUUACAUAAUUGGACUACUUAGAGUAAUUAAUAACAUAUAUACAUCAUGAGAAUCAAAAGUGUUUGUUUUAUUUUAGGUCAUGUUUCUCUUGGUGCUUUGGGUGACAGUUUUUAUGAAUAUCUUAUAAAAUCAUGGAUACAAAGUGGAAAAACUGAUGAUCAAGCGAGAAAAAUGUAUGAUGAUGCAGUAGAGGUAUUAUGAAGAACAUGCAGUUAUUUGAUUUCUUAGGUUGAAUUACUUUUGUUCAAAUGACAAAUUGUAUUGAUAUUGUAUUUCUGAAGCUAUCAAAUACUUCAUGAAGCAUUUUACAGUGCAAAUUUUUGUGGUAGUUUUAAAUACGGUAUAUACACUGUCUGUAUAUAUCAUUGGAUGCCUAAUUGACCCUCGACUAAAGUAUAAUUUUAAUACAUUAAUUUAAUUAUCAAUUUCAAGCUUGUGUGUGUUUUUAGGCAGUGGAAAAGGUUAUGGUUCAAAAGAGUUCUUCUGGUUUGACAUAUGUUGCGGAAUAUAGAUUUGGUAGUCUUGAACACAAGAUGGGUCAUCUGGUAAGGUCAUUACUGACUGAUUGAAUUAAUAAAGUGAAUUAUAAUAUAGCAUUUGUAAAUUCUGAAUGCUGAUUGGCUAAGAGCUGUGUUGAUAUAACUCAAUGUAUGAUCAUCCACUUUCACCAUCCAUGAAGAUGAAUUUUGUACAUAUAGUACUUCAUCCAACUAGACAUACUUGGGUGUAUAUUUUAUCUUGGCAGGUGAUUUGCCUGUCACAGCUUCUGCAUAUAUCUAUAAUAAGUAUAAAUUGGACUGUUCAAAUUCACAUUCAAAGCCAUUAUUCAUAUGAGUGUGGGUACGGAGGUCUUGUAGAAGGCUGCAUUAUAAUGAAAAUGAAAAUUACCUGAAAUCCACUCUUUAGGCAUGUUUUUCUGGCGGUAUGUUUGCACUGGGUGCAGCCGGUUCACGAAACAACAAGAAAGAUCAUUAUGUUGACUUGGGAGCAAGAAUAACUAAUACUUGUCAUGAGUCAUAUAAGAGAACAGGUAUAUAGAUCAUAUCUAUGUAAACUAAAAGGCCACCCAACUGGUAUGUAAAGGCUACCCAAGACCUUAUUUGAUCUGUAAUGUUGAACUGUACUAACAGUCACAUUGAUAAAUUUUGCAAUGGCUACAAGCCCGAUUACAUGUACAGAGAAGAGCUCAACCGAAAGUCACAAAUUAGUGCUAUGUCUGAUUCGAAUUAUUAACUAUUUUUUGCAGCAACUGGUAUAGGACCAGAGAUGUUCUUUUUCCAAGGUCCACACGAGGCGAAAGGAAUAAGGAGUAGUGAGCGGUAUUACAUUUUACGUCCUGAAGUUGUGGAGUCCUAUUUUGUCAUGUGGAGAAUAACACAUGACCAGAAAUAUCGCGAGUGGGGCUGGGAAGCCGUACAGGUAGGAUGAAACAAUUGCCCGUAGAUUAUACUAUCUGUUAAACUUGCCAGAAUUUGCUCAGAUGGAUGAUGUGUCCCUAUAAUAAAAAUAACUACUUAAUCUGUCUUGUCAGGCAAUAAAGAAACAUUGUGAAGUGGGAGUUGGUUUCUCUGGUAUUCGUGACGUGGAUAACGUGCCUGUACAACACGAUGAUGUACAGCAAAGUUUCUUCUUGGCAGAGACCUUAAAAUAUUUAUAUCUUUUAUUCUCUGAUGAUUCACUUAUACCCUUAGAUCACUGGGUAUUCAAUACUGAAGCUCAUCCCCUUCCUGUUAUUGGUAAAACCUAGGAAUGUGAUAUGCAGCUAGUGCAUUUAAAUUUAGUAUAGGUGGUUUUAAUAAGCAUUGCAGGACAACAGAUAGUCAAAGAAAUUCUAUUAAUUUGCUACCAAAUGCAAAACUGACAUAAUUUAUAAUGAAAAUAAUUAUCAUGGUUGACCACCAUCUGUUGUAUGGUGAUACUUGGUUGAAUCCACCUAUAUAGCGAGACCAGCAGUUUUUCUAUAUGAUCUUUACAAUAGAAAUAAAUCUAACCCAGAUCUAAACCUAAGGACACUUGGUUGGUUACCUCUUACUGUUUGGUUUAUGUGUGAAUUUUUUUUAAAAAAGUGAUGUACAUUAGCAUUUUCCUUCCCCAUAUCUGACAAAGUUUUAUACAAAAGAGUUGGGUGCAAGACAGCAACAUGAUGACAGCAAACAGUUGAAAAGUUGGAGAGGUCUGAUCUGCAUAUGUGCAAAUUUUUCCAUUCAGCAUUAGAAGGGGAAAAUGUAGGCCUGAAAUGCAGGUUUGCAGUCCCUAUUAGGUUGCUGUCCUGGUUCCAAAUCUUUAUUUCGUACAAAUACAAUCUUCUUAUAGUUGAUAACAUCCACACAUUUGACUUUAAGGCAAUUUAUUUAAAUAUGGGUUCAUUCAUAGUCUAUAUACUAUACAUGUAGUAAUGUACUUUUAUAUGAAAUUUGUGAAUAUGCUAGAAGUACAUUAGAAAUAUGCAAUUAUAGUAUAGUAAAUAUUACAAAUUUUCCAAUGCCAUGAAGACUAUAUUUUACAUGAGCUGAUGACUGUAAAAUUUGUACUUCACAUAUGGCCAACAUUUCAGCCAAUAGUUGUGAAUCUUGUGAUUGUGCAUAAUUAUGAUGAGCCUGGCCUGGGACAUUUGUGUGAUGUGAUCUCAUUGCCAAUUAUAGCAAAGAGAGCCUUGGGACAGACUACAUCAGAGCUCUUGAGUGAGGUAUUAUACCUUGCAAGGUGGUGAGACUAACCUAGCCCUGUGGAGUGGAGGCUAUGGUGAAACAAAAUUGAUCAUGUUUGGUCUCUUGUAGCAGUUAGCUCAGCCAAGAACUCUUGUGUGCAUCAGGCUUAACACAUCCAUCUAACAUCCAACAAGAGGAACCACUACCUCCUACUUUUAUGGUUAUUCCAAAACAACUGAACUGGUAAAGAUAAUGAUUUGUUUCUUAAUAAGUCAACACGAUAAUUUCCUUUCUUUGUGAGAUCUCCAAUGCUCACAACUUUUACUUGUCCGAAUUUUAUUUUGUCUUUGCUUGGCUGAGUUUCGGAUAUUCUCUUGAUAAUGUCUCCUUCAACUACCUUCAAUAAAAAACACAUUUUACUUGUAGGAGGUCAAGGGUGGUGGGGCAGAUCCUCUUGUAACAGCACUUCACACCAACAUUCAUUUAGAAAAUGGAGUAUUCUUGAU